GAAGCGGAAAAACCAACUAUGGGUGCCACAGUAUUAACGCUAAAUCACACAUCGAAGCUUUUUGUGUGGUUUUCUCCGUCUUUCUUGGUUUCGCCUGCCGGUUAAUACAGAUUACAUAUUUUGUAAAUUGAUUGUUUAAAUGUUUCUGAACGGCUAGACAAAACGAAACCCGGAAAAUAACCGGAAGUGUCCGCCUCGGGUUUGAAACUAAACAUCCGCCACUGUAACGCGUGUGUUUACUAUGUUAGCUCGUCGUUUCAGCCGAACAUAUACACGGACAAUAUGGAUAGUAAUGUCAUCGUCCUGUUAACGGACCGAGGGAGAGUGUACUGUUUCGCCUGACACAACGGACAAGGACACAGUCCGAACAAGAUGUCGCUAACGUCUGAGUAUGUCGCCAUGAACAAACAAACAAGACAUGGGCUUUGUCGUGGAGGCAACCUGAGAGCACCGAGAGGUAAAUCAUCGAGUUGAAGACACAUUACCAUGGGUUUGGUGAACUUUGUGAUCUCCACUAUAGCGAAAUGCCUGGACGCCGUCUGCUUACUGCUGGACCUGAAUUUUGUCGUCGUCCACAGCGUGGUGCGGACCACCCUGGCGGUUAUCACCUUUGUAAGCAGCCUGCCCACCCUCCUCCUCAACUCAGUGGCAGAGUUGGGAAACCUAGCCUUGUUUAGCUUGAUGUCCCUGGCAGAGGCGACGUCAAACGUAGCCCACGGUACUGUCACCAUGUUGGGGAGCUUGGUGCUGGCUGUGGAGGGGCUGGUGGAGAGCCUCAAGAUGGUGGGUUACCUGUCCAUGCACGUCCUGCUUCGUGGGAAGGAGCACCUGUGUCGAGGUCUUCUGUCCGUGCUUGAGGGCUGUGGCAUCGCUGUCAGCCUGGUGGUCUAUUUCACCAACACCGUGGUCAACUUUGCACUCAUUGCAACGCAGAACAUUUACUCUGUGGUGGUCAGUGUGUGGCAGACGGUCUCCAACCCGCUGCAGAAGGUUCUGGAGUUCAUGCUGACCUCCUUCACCUUUCUGUACAGCAGCCUAGCUGGGACUUCGGCUUUCCUGUGGUCCCCCUUUAAACUGAUGUUUGACUUUCUGGUCUCGCUGGUUCAUAUGUUUGUUAGCAUCUUCAUAUUAAACAUUUAUGGUCUUCUGCUCACUGUAACUAUUGCUCUAACUACCACCGCCUACCUGAAUCCAGAGCUGGCCCGACAGGCUACUGUGCGAAUUGUGGAUUACGUUAACUCUUUUCCUGCCUUGCACAGACUUUAUUUGGCUCUGCACCGCCUGGUUUCAGCCUUGCGUAGGACCCCGUAUUUUGUAUGUGGUGCAAUGCACCACCUGCAAAGAAUACUCCAUCAUCUCUACAUGCUAGAGAGAAGACUUUGGCAGCAGCUGCCUCGACUCAGCAGCCAGCUAGGUCUGGCUGUGAGAACACAGCUCAACAGGGACAACAACAACAGAGUACGCGGAGAUGGCGACCCUGGAGAGGAGAGGCGGGACCCACCAGAUGGAAGAGCAGGAGAUGGAGCCCACCAGGAGCUGCUGGAUUUAGUUUUCCCCUCAUCAAGCACAGACAGACCGCUUAAGAAGCAGUCGUCUUCAGGCAAAGACAGUAAACCUUUGCCUGCCGAGAAUCUGCUGACUCUACUGAAGGAGCAGGAGGACAGAAAGAAGUGUGUGAUCUGUCAAGACUGUACCAAGACGGUGGUGCUGCUGCCAUGCAGGCACCUCUGCUUGUGUAGAGACUGUACGAACAUCCUGUUGAGGCAGCCCGUUUACCAACAGAACUGCCCACUCUGUCGGCACAUGAUCCUCAACACUAUGGAUGUGUAUCUAUGAGGGACCAAGAGAAGUGGAUCUGUGUGUGUCGGACCACAUAGAACAGCCUAUUAGUAUAUAGACUUAAAGUUCUACCACGACUAAAAUGUUGUGGGACUUUUUUUUUAAGUCUCGUAAUAUUUUACAUUUUUCUUGCUGUCAACAAAUCCCAUAAGACCAAAGUGACAUUUUAGUGUGUCUCUUAAUACUUUCCUGAUCCUUUGCCCUGACGGUGCCACUCAAGACUGAAGAUGUAAAUCUUUAAAAAUGGCUCAUAAAUAUUACUUUAAAAUUUGCUUUACUCAGACAGCACGAAACGGUGUAGAUGGGUAGGUUUUGCUGGCACAAACAGUACUUGUUAGUAAGGUCAAUGUGUUGUUGGUUCUGGAUUUACUAGAACUUACGGGAUAUAGUUAAUCAAAAAUAAAGAAUACCAUACAGCUUAUCUUAUAAAAUUUGGUUUCAGAUCUGUUCACUUUUUGUGAACAGUUUAGAAAAGAAAUGCUAAUCACAUAUUGUGUCCCAGUUCCAUAUGACAUACUAACUGUAUACAGUACUAUAUACUAAUCUGGAUAGUGUGCUGUUUUUCAGUUAGUAUACAAGAAAUCAAGAAUAUUGACGGUUUCAACUAAAGGAAUAGGAGAUGAUAUAAUACUUAACUGACGUUAAUCAAACUACAACAUUAAAAUGACCCUACCCAAUAAGAACUGUUUCCCAACCAUCCACAAUUUAAAGUUUUAGUUUUUUUACAGCUGUGAGCAACUCUUGCAUGAUUCUUUGUACAUUGCGAAAGAAAGGUGUCCUUUAACAGUACAGUACACUCAAAAAGCAGGGUGUUUUUUGUUGUUGUAUGUAUGUAUAUAUUGACUGUUUUGAGUUUACUUUUUUGUCGCCCACACAACACACUUAAAUCCCGCUUAGAAUUACUUUGUAAUAUGGAUUUGGGACACAGCUACAGUCUCUGUCUUGCUUCUAAGAUGCACCUGUUUAGAUAUUCCAGUAUUGCCACGUUGAGUCUCAGGUCUCGUAGCCAUUGAAACCCGCCAGUGCCCUCCCUGAUGCUGAAAUGUUUACCACCGCUCAUGUCUUAUAAUGUUGGGCUUUCAGUGGGACAAGCUGUGAAGAAGACAAAACACUGUGCUUUAUUGCAUGAGCAUACAAAUGAUUCCACACAUGCUGUAUGUAUAAAUGCCGUAUGUGUAACAGUCCAUUCAAAGCAACAGUGUGACGCUUAUGUUCUGUUGUUAAAAAAAACAAAAAAAAAACUUAUCAUUUAAAUAUACUUCUGUAAAUGAUGACCACUUCUCACAGAGCCAUGUAAAGAAGUUUUCUGUAUUUAAGGAAAUGGAUUUGUAAUUUGACAGUCAGGUCUGAUAAAAUACAGACAAUCUACUUUAUUCCAUUUAUUUGUUCAGAUAGGGCUUAUACCAGUCUUCCAUCAGAGGCACAUUACAGUCACCACCAUCACAAAAUCAAUAAAAGGUUUUCCCUUUCUUUUGUCAUUGUAAUAAAACAUAAUUUCUGUUUUGUAAAAGGACCAUAAACUAAUAAGGCUUUACAAUUGAAUUUGCUAUUGUUCCUCUUGUUUCGAAGCUGAAGUGUUGACAUUGAUCAGUGUUUAACCUUUACAGGGCAUAGUUGUUACCCUUACAUAAUGCUUUACUGUUGGUGAGUGGUGCCUUUUUUUUAUUCCUAAAAUAAUUUGUAUGACUUGAAGAGAUUGGAUUUUUGCAUUGUUUUUGUUUUUCUAUGUUAUACCAAUUUAUGACAUUAUUAUUUGCCCUACAACAUCAACAUAUAUUAAUGAAAGUGGUCUGAUUCUCAGUUUUUGAUAUGGUUGUAAAUAAUUUCUAGAGACCAGACUGUUGUCAUUAAAGACUAGGCUACUCCUCUUGAAGUAUUCCUAAAACGCUAUUGGCAUUCCUAAUUUAAGAUUGCAGUGGACCAUCAUCUGUUGUUACCUGCAGUUUGAAUGACACAAUGUGGGACAAUAGGAUUUGAAGACAUGAAUGUAACAUGUAUUUUUUUUUUUUUUUAAUAAACACUAUGGCUGCCA